AGGUCACAAUUUUAUAAAGGAAAGGGCUUUGGAGCUCGCCCCCCACUGUUCCCGUUUUCGUCGAGCUCGCGCUUAACCCCACCGCCGGGAGAAGACGAAGUGUUCGACGAAAUGACGAGCGCUGGAUCGGCGGCGGGCGCCGCGCUGGGCGCGCGCACGGCGCGCUCCUGCGACGGCUGCAUGCGUCGGCGGGCGCGGUGGCACUGCCCCGCCGACGACGCCUACCUGUGCCAGGCCUGCGACGCCUCCGUCCACUCGGCCAACCCGCUCGCGCGCCGCCACCACCGCGUCCGCCUCCCCUCGGCGUCUUGCUCCUCCCCUCCGCGCGACCCCGACGCGCCCGCGUGGCUCCACGGCCUCAAGCGCCGGCCUCGGACGGCGCGGUCCAAGCCAGGAGGAAGCGGCAAGCAUGAGGCCACGCCCGCCUCGAUCGCCGCGGCCGUGUCGGCAGCGGUGCCCGACCUCGAGGCGGAGGAGUCUGGCGCAGGCAUCGUGGGCGACGACGACGACUUCCACGGGGUGGAGGAUGAGUACGAGGAUCUUCUGUACCGCGUCCCUGUGUUCGACCCCAUGCUCGCCGAGCUCUACAACCCCGUGACCGACGAGGGGGAGCAGAAGCCGGCCUGCCUGAUCUCGUCUCUCGCCGAGACGUCGCCGGAGUUUGCCUCCGGCUCGGCGGAGGCGGACGGGCUCUCCGGGUUUGACGUCCCGGACAUGGAGCUCGCUAGCUUCGCCGCGGACAUGGAGAGCCUCUUCAUGGGAGUCGAGGACGGGUUUGAUGAUCUGGGUUUCUUGGACGAGGAGAAGCCUCAGGUGAACGUGGACCUGGGUCGCAUGAACCUCGAGGCCACGGCGACGCCGGCGCCUCCGCCGGAACUAGAUGAGAAGAAAAGGAAGCGGCCAGAGAUGAUACUCAAGCUCAACUAUGAGGGAGUCAUCGCCUCUUGGGUCCGUGACGGCGGAUCGCCGUGGUUCCACGGCGAGCGUCGUCCUCACCUCGAUCCUUACGACGAGUCCUGGUCGGGCUUCCCGGCGGGGUGCAGGGGAAUCCUCGGCGGCGCCGUGACCGCGGUGACCGGCGGCGAGCGGGAGGCGCGGGUGUCGCGGUACCGGGAGAAGCGGCGGACGCGGCUGUUCGCCAAGAAGAUCCGGUACGAGGUGCGCAAGCUCAACGCCGAGAAGCGGCCGCGCAUGAAGGGCCGGUUCGUGAAGCGCAGCUCGCUGCCGUCGCUGCCGAGGCCCCCGCCGCCGCCGCAGCAGCAGAAGCAGCCGCCGCGGGCGAUGAUGCCGCACGUGGGCGCGCACGGGCGCUUCCGUUUUUGAGACUACUCGUCGUGCAUUGCAAAGCAUAGUAUAUAUAGUAUGUGCAUGAUGCAUGGUGCAUGCAUCUUCACGUACAGUACACGUACAUGUGAUCUACAAGUAAACACUACAGAUAGUAUCACGUAGCAUGUUCUUUCUACUCUACUUUUAAAUGGGGAUGAACGUACCUAGUGUUAGUUUUGAGCAGAAUCCGUACGUGCUAGUUAUUAGUUCUCCCAAAGAUGCCUUACAAGUUACAUUAGUCACGACUGAAAUAUUCGUAUCCACCACCUGUGCAGAAUCUAAUUAAUGUGCAAAGUAGCUAAGGAUCGUUAAGUAUGUUAAUGGGCGCAUAGCUAGGUUGGGUGUUUCUCUUCUGUUUGUAAAGAAGGAUAUACUAAUUACAAGGGCGUGUGAGAUCAAAGUGAUGAUCUGAUAUACUAUGUGCGUGGUUUGCUUCUUGUUUC